AUGUUUUUGCAUCCGCUAGACGAUUCCUCAUCGACGUCGACUGAUCCCUUCUUUGACGCAAAGUGCAAGGCGAUCAUCACAAAUGUGAAAUCCUUUUUUGAACAGCUGAAGGCAAGACUCGGGAAGGAAUGUGCGGGGACCAUCUUCAAUGCACCGACGCAGCUGACUGCAAUUGCUUGCGGAGUUUCGACCAAUGUGGUCAGCAAGCUCAAGGUCAUCGAAGGUGUUCUACAGCCCAUCCCUAGCACCUCGUCUGCAGUCCAGAGGACCCGCAAGCAUCGUAGGCGUGCAGCCCUCGAAAAGCACGGUGACGAAUGGGGCGAUAGAGUGCGACGUCUGAUACAUGAAAAGCUUGGAGACGAGUUCAACAUCACAGUGGCGGAGCUAUGGACGGAAAUGGGGGAGACAUACCCCGAUUUUGUUCUAGCGCAGACGACAUUUUAUUACCUUCUGCGAGGUAUGGGGUUCUCGUAUAGGAAGUUAGACGGCCAGAGGAUUAUAUUUGAGAGCAGGGACAUCGUGACCAAGAGAGCAAAGUAUCUGGAGGCAGUGGAAACGCGGUGUCAGACCCAGUGUUCCGUCUAA